AUGGUUCGUAAUAAUCUGGGGCAGGGCAAUGCAGCGGCGGGGAUGUACGGCUCCCAGCCGACAGGUGUUGAGAUCCAUCCCCAAUGCCGCAGCCUACCUGCAGGGGGCCUCCUGGAGCCAGAUGGCCCCUGGGUCCCUACCCUAGGUCCCUUCCCACCUGCCCCACCUACCUGCUUCCUUAAUGACAUGUAUCUGAAUCCAUUAGUCUCUCUAUAUAAGCCCCCUGGCCUCAUCGUGCUGCACCCAUCCCUCUACUGCCCCUUCUCCUCCCUCAGCCAGGCCGUCAUCAUCAUGAGAGGACUAGUGUUGUUGCUGAGCGCGGCGGUGGCGCUGUGUGGGGCUGCGCCCGCGCUGGAGCCUGUGACCUGCAGCGUGGACGGGUUUGAGACCACAGCCGUCCGCUUCGCCAUCCAGCAUAUCAACCAGCAACAGGACCAUGGCUACAAAUUCCAGCUGUCAGAGGUCAUCCUCGUAAGCGCGACUCAGAAAGUACAAGGGUGUUUGAUCGUGAUGAGGGUGAACCUCCAGGAGACCAAAUGCCACAGCUCCGACCCCAAACACUUUGAGGACUGUGAAGUCCGUCAUGGCGGGGGAACGGUUGUGACGGCAGGCUGUGUGGUUGUGUUAUCCGUCCAGGGAGAUGUCGCAUCGGUCGUUUCACAUAAAUGUGCAACUACUAAAGAUGAGGAGGAGUUGAGGAUGUGUCCGGACUGUCCCAGGCUGCAGGAUCUUACUAAUGUCGAAGGUCUCCAAAGAAUAAGGGGAGUGAUUAGCAAGUACAACGCCUUAAACGCAACAGAACACUACUUUGUGCUAAGUGACGUGGGAAGAAUGAGCGGAUCGUACAUCAUGGGAGUGGGGAUGAACUAUGUGGCUGAGUUUGCAAUGGUGGAGACUCACUGCCCAGUGGGAACCAGGAUAGCCCCAGAGGCAUGCACUCCCCUCUGUCCUGACAGAGCUCGUCAUAUCUUCUGCAAGAGCAGUGAAAACCCUAGAAGUAGCCGCCAUUACUGUGAGAUGUAUCCAGCUGUGAACAAGGUGGACCUGCAGCCUGGGAUGAUCGAGCCAGUCUGCCUUCAACUGCCCCGUUUCAACCCCGCAGUCCAAUGCACUGAGGGGCCGGCACUCAAGGAUAUCCAUCCUAUCUGCAGCUGGCCCCGCCAACCACUCAUUCAGCCAAGGAGUUAG